AUGGUCUACGGCGCGCAGAAACUUUCGCUGGGAAGGCUCCAUCGGCGGAGCUGUGACCGGUGGUUUCUCCAGUGUCGCCGCGUGUGGGAUGUCGCAAGGUGCCACCACCUCCCAGCCCCGCUCCGUCUGCCCCCGCCACAGCAUUCCCUGCUCAAAUCAGAGGAUUUGUUAACCGUUCCUAUUACUCUAGCCCCCAAAUUACUAGAUCUAUAUGGAAGUUUAUCUUCCCCGACGUUGUACAAGUGGCCGCUGUACGAAGGUCACCCUCUUUCCGUGCGGAAGGAUGCGGCUGCUCCUGCUCGGUGUCUGAUAGCGCAGGACGAGACUAGGUUCGGUGGCCGGGCGAUGCAGAGAGCAGGACCAGGGGCCGGAGCAUCCAGGCGUGCGGGGCACACGCGGCUGCGGUGCCGCAGCGGGAGCGGCGAUGCCGGAGCUGUCUGCGGGUGCCUCCAUCCCGGGCUGCCGGCAAACUCCGAGUUUCCCCGAGCGCUGCUUCCUUUCCCUCGGCGGGUGGAUUCAUUUAUUAUUCCGGCUCCUCAUUUCUGCCUAAAAAGCACGAACCCCCGCCCUCUCCGGGGUCGGUACCAGCCCCGAAACGAGCGCCCGGCCCGUGAAGGAGAAGCGGACUUCUCUACUCCUCUAGGCCAGGGCAGAGUCAAUCAGCUCGGAGGAGUGUUUAUCAAUGGCAGGCCUUUACCCAACCAUAUCCGACACAAGAUAGUGGAGAUGGCCCACCAUGGCAUACGGCCCUGUGUCAUCUCUCGCCAGCUGAGAGUGUCCCACGGCUGCGGCUCCAAAAUUCUCGCCCUUGCGCGCCCGCCCGGAGCCGGGCAACCCCGGGCCGGGCAAGGCACGACCGGGACUCGGCCCGGGGUGGCCGGCAGCGGGGUUUGCAUGCGGGGAGGGGGCACCCGGGGAGGGCUGGGGGGACCAUGCGAGGCCCGGGGGUGGGCUCGGACAAGCACCGCGCACAGCAGUGCCCGCCGCGUCUCCGCCUGUUGCUCUGAAACUUUCCGAGGCUUCGAAAAUACUCUUUGCCCUCCCCCCGAAGUGAGCUCCAUCAGUCGCAUCCUGCGGAGCAAGUUUGGGAAAGGCGAGGAAGAGGAGGCUGAACUGGAAAGGAAGGAGGUGGAGGAAGGCGACAAGAAGGCCAAGCACAGCAUUGACGGCAUCCUCAGUGAAAGAGCAUCAGCACCCCAGUCUGACGAAGGCUCUGACAUCGAUUCUGAACCAGAUUUACCUUUAAAAAGAAAGCAGCGCCGCAGCAGGACAACCUUCACAGCAGAGCAACUGGAAGAGCUGGAAAGAGCCUUUGAGAGGACACACUACCCUGACAUUUAUACCCGGGAGGAACUUGCACAAAGAGCCAAACUCACCGAGGCUCGUGUCCAGGUCUGGUUUAGUAACCGUCGUGCUAGAUGGAGGAAGCAGGCAGGUGCCAAUCAACUGAUGGCUUUCAACCACCUGAUCCCAGGAGGAUUUCCACCCAGUGCCAUGCCAACUUUGCCAACGUACCAGCUCUCUGAGCCCUCCUACCAACCCACCUCCAUACCGCAAGCGGUGUCUGAUCCAAGCAGUACCGUCCACAGACCUCAGCCUCUCCCUCCAAGCACUGUGCACCAAAGCAGUCUCCCUUCAAAUCCAGAAAGCAGCUCUGCCUAUUGCCUACCCAGCACCAGGCAUGGAUUUUCCAGCUAUACAGACAGCUUUGUGCCUCCGUCCGGGCCCUCCAAUCCCAUGAACCCUGCCAUUGGCAAUGGCCUUUCACCUCAGGUAAUGGGACUCCUGACUAACCAUGGUGGGGUGCCUCACCAACCCCAAACUGAUUAUGCCCUGUCCCCUUUAACUGGGGGCCUGGAGCCCACCACCACUGUGUCAGCCAGCUGCAGCCAGCGGCUAGAGCACAUGAAGAGCUUGGACAGCCUGCCAACAUCCCAGUCCUACUGCCCCCCGACCUACAGCACCACGGGGUACAGCAUGGACCCUGUCACGGGCUACCAGUACGGACAGUAUGGACAAAGUGCCUUUCAUUAUCUGAAGCCAGAUAUUGCAUAAAUGAACUGUCCACUUCAAGUUAAAGCUGGUCUUGUUUUCCGGUCUCACUCCAAGGCUUGGAUGCGAGGGAUCUUCUCAACACACUGCAGU